AUGAAAUCUCAAGUGAAGCAUGUUGUGAUGGUGGAAGUUAUGGGUCGAACUGGAUCCAGGGGUCAGGUGACUCGGGUGAUCAGAGUCAAGUUUCUGGAUGACCAGAACCGGUUCAUUAUGAGGAAUGUCAAGGGACCAGUGAGGGAAGGCGACAUCCUUACCUUACUCGAGUCUGAAAGAGAAGCGAGAAGAUUGCGAUGAUGGGCGGCGCAUUGGUUCACCACCUCAAUGUUACCGCUUUCUUCUAGUAGUUAGUAAAUGGUACUUAUUUGCAUCGGUGUGGUUGAAUUUUGAUAUGGAUGUUGAAAUUUUCUUUGUUGGAAACACUUGGUUUGAUUAUGCACUUGGAAUCUAAUACUCUUUUGAACUUUAA